UUCCAGGACCAAAUAUCGACAUCCACGACCAGCAAUCCAAGACAAGAUGGCCGACAAACUCCGCAACCAGCAAGAACUUGAGCGCCUCCAGGCCAAGUACGUCGGCACAGGACACCCCGACACAACCAGUUGGGAGUGGAAGACAAACAUCUACCGCGACACGUACUCUUCCAUCGCCGGCCACCCCCCGAUGCUCUCAUACAUGGCACUGGCCGAGAACGAGCCUACACAGCUGCUCCGGGCGAGGUUGAUCAGGAAAAUGAUGCAACCUGCCGGCCCACCACCAGCGCGCGAGGAUUAACGACCGAGGUUACACGCGACGAGCACACGGAAUUGAGUAUCUGUAAAAAGUAAUGGGCGGGUACGAUGGCGUUGGGGGACGUAUUUGCUUUAGGAUCAAGAAU